AUGAAUACUAAACGUUCUGAUGAACAUACAUCUCUUAAGGAAAUAAUGUUAAAGCAGAUUGCUAAUGACAUGAAUAACACAUCUCAAACAGCAAAGCUAAAUCGGUCUGAUUGGUUGUUGAUUCUUAAAAUUUCAUUGGCCUUAGAUGACGAUAAGUGUCAAAGCCCGAAGGAGUAUCCUUCGGGUGCUGUUUACGUUUCUGUCUAUCUCAAUGUUGCCAUUUUUGCAUUUGUAUAUUUUUGA